GACAAGUGCAGCAAGGACACGGAAGCAGAGCGUAAGCCUGAGUGGGUGCCUGUGCAGAUGAAAGAGAGUAGGGGGAGGGAGCCCAUACACUCUGCAAACAAACUAGCAGCACGUUGUAACAGAAAAAAAAAAAGAAAAGAUCACAAUGAAGGUGAAGGUUUUUUUGAAAUGAGAGAGGGCAGAAGAAUGAGGUCUCUGUUCUGAACGAGAUUCUUUUAUAUACAUUUCCUGAUUUACCUGACUCCAUCAUGUCGCUGCUGACUCACGUGCUGGCGUGCCUGUUCGGCAUGGGCUCCUGGGUGGCCAUCAAUGGCAUGUGGGUGGAGCUCCCCCUGAUCGUAAAUGAUAUCCCAGAGCACUGGUUACUCCCCUCUUACCUCACCGUCCUCAUCCAGAUGGCCAACAUAGGCCCGCUCUUCAUCACCCUGAUGCACCGCUUCAGCCCGGGUUCGCUGGACGAACGUCCCGUCAUCUACUGCAUCGUAGGGAUAGGGAUUGUCGCUACAUUCCUGCUCGCUUUCUUCUGGAGUCACACGGUGACCAUAGCCGGAUCCUCGCACAGUGUGCCCCUGUUGUUGCUGAGCUUCCUGCUCUCUGUGGUGGACUGCACCUCAUCUGUUACCUUCCUUCCUUUCAUGAUGCGGCUGUGCCCACAAUAUCUCACUACAUACUUUGUGGGCGAAGGCCUCAGCGGACUGGUACCUGCACUGGUGGCUCUGAUUCAAGGUGUCGGCAUAGUCCACUGUGAAAAUGCCACUUUGGCUGCUAUCGCAACAGCUGAUAAUUCCUCUAUAGUUGACAGUGGUAAGCUAAUACCAAUCUAUCAGCCAGCUAGAUUCUCUGCCAAGGUGUUCUUCGUGUUCCUCAGCAUCAUGAUGGUCGUCUGCCUGGUAGCCUUCGUCCUACUCAACCACCAUCCGGCCGUGGCUCGGGAGAGAAGGAGCGACCAGUACUUCAGUGAAGAUUUGGACCGUGAGAAGAGGGAACAAGGUCUGUCUCUCCAUGCCCAGACACCAGAGCAGAAGCCGAUGAUCAGUCCUUUGGAUUCAAUCAGGACAGAGCCCAGGAGCUCCUUUGGGAGGGGGACGUACAGCAAGCUUGAGGUGCUCUUCAUCUUCGUGGUGCUGGCUUGGGUCAAUGCUCUGACCAAUGCAGUGCUGCCUUCAGUGCAGUCCUACUCGUGUCUGCCCUACGGGAACAAGGCCUACCAUCUAGCUGCCACCAUGGCAGCAGUCGCCAACCCUGUGGCCUGCUUCAUUGCCAUGUUCAUACCCAUAAGGUCUCUUGUCGUCAUGGGCUUUCUGACCAUGUGUGGGACUGGAUUUGGAGCCUACAUCAUGGCCAUGGCAGCUCUGAGUCCCUGUCCUUUGCUGGUUCACAGUGUCUCUGGAACUACAGUCAUCGUGCUAGUCUGGAUCCUGUUCGUCCUGACCUUAUCUUACGUUAAGGUCAUCAUCGGCGUGAUCCUGAGGGACGAGGGCCAUAGCGCCCUUGUGUGGUGCGGAGCUGUGGUGCAGCUGGGCUCCAUGCUCGGUGCCGUGUCCAUGUUCCCACUGGUCAGUGUCUAUGGACUCUUCAAGUCAGGGGACGCUUGCAACACCAAGUGUCCAACAUAGUCAGUCAAUCUGUUUAAGUGAAAACCUGCUGUACAAAGCUCAAACAUAAACUGCACUUAUUUUAGUAGCACUGAACUCACUGCUGCCAUGAGUUUUACAUAUUCCAGCAACUUGUUUUAAGAGAAUUGAGAGAUCACCACAGUAUCACUCCAAGACUUUUUUUAUAGAAUGAUGAUUUAUUUAAAAACGUAUUCUUUAUACAGGUAUCUGUAUUUAUUGACUUGUGGAGUGAAUGCUAUACAAAGAUGUAAUAAAUCUAUAUGAUGUCUCAGAUCACAGAAGACCAAAACUAAACUUUCUGCUGAGCAUAUUGCAGUUCUUUAUCAAUUCAGAGGUCAGAGCCGUUUUACUUGAAUUUUUCACAUGAUGUGAAAGUAAUAGUGGAUUGAUGUUUCUGUAUUAAAAACACGUGGGGUACUUUUGGCUUUUAAAACAUGCCUUACUUGUGGGAAAUGAAAAGACUUGUGCUUUUUAUGUACAAGGUUGUUUAACACUACAACUUGCUUUGUAAUGAUUGUUACUUGAGUGGAGAAACUGUUCAACCAUACCAAAUAAAACAUUUGUUUUAUUUCCUCUUUAA